UGAGGGAAAAUAAAUGAAUAAAAGAUUGACGGAAGGGUUCUGAUAAAAGUCCCGUUUGAUUUUGUUGGUGGUGCGCUCUGCUGGAAUCAAGAUCAAGCGCGAUAAGAGCCAAAAGACGUAUUUACAAUACAGGAAAGUGCUUUUCUACAAUAUAUUUUGUAUCUAUCUAAUCAAAUACCUUUGAAAUGGCAGUGCCUUAUUUUUUCCCAUAGUGUAAGUUGACGUUCCGUAAAAAUGAAUGAAGUGUAGUGAUUUCGCGAACGUAAACAUUAGAAAAACAAUAACGUUAAUGGUUAAACAAUAAAGAAGGCUGUGAAAACAUAGGAAUCACCAUUAAAUGUCCUGUGCGAACGUUUGUUUUAAACAUGUUCAAUGUACCGCCAAAGUUUUAUCAGUUGUGUCGAUUGUGCUUAUCGGAAGAUAACAGUGAGAGAUCAGCGUUAUCAAUUUUUGAUAAGGACAAGGACAUUCCCAGGAAGAUCCUCUGUUGCCUGUCAAUUUCGGUGGAAGAAGAUGAUCGGCUACCAAACGUUAUAUGCGUACGUUGUUCGGACCAUCUCGACUUGUUGUUCAAGUUCAAAGAAAUAGCUACCAAAACUGAAGAAGUAUUAAAUAAUUUUAUAUCGUAUGCUGAGAAGCUUAGAGGCAGCGAAGAGGAGAACAUGCGUCACUCAGAGGAACUACUCGCCAGUAUAAUGUCGUCGAUGCUAAACUCGAAAGACAUCAAAUCGGAGCAGCAAAGCAGCAUUCCCCAUUCAGACAUUAAACAGGAGCCUUCAGACCACACAUUCGCUGCCCCCGAUCAACACAAAAUCGAAAAUUCGAUGGAAAUCGACGACGAACCACAACCAGCUAUUAUACAAAGUACUUCAGAUGCAUCAGUUAUACAAAAUCCCUCAAAAUUUAGUGCACCAAGCGGGUCUACAUCAGUAUUACAUUCAGGACCUUUGUGCUUGCAAUUAGACUUAAGCCGCCGGUCACCAUGUCCGAGCCCCACUUAUAUACAUAGUGAUCGAAUGCAAAGUGAAUGCAGUCGAGAUGUGAGCAUGGAAUCUUCAGCCCCUUUAGACCUGCAAACGGAACCAGUCGAUUUGCAAGUUCAGUUUCAACACGUUGAACCUCUACCGUUGCAAGUUAUUGUUUCGGAACGAUGUGCAGUGGAUGAGGCUAAAUUUGGUGGACAGCCUGUGACUGGAGAAGCUGAGGAAGCUGCUCCAAUAGAAUCCGGAGUGAUAAAAGUCAGGCCCACAAGUGUGCUGCAGGAUCGGCGCAUAAUCAGCCAAGAAUGUCUAUAUGAUCAGACUCAGCCAGAACCUGCUGACUUAUCAACCAGCCGAAAACCAGACAACCCGGUUUAUGAUGAAGUGACGAAAGACGACUAUAAUGUAGAUACUUUAUCGGUUUCCAGUAGCAGCACUGAUCCAGACAGAUUGGAAGUUGAUAUGUCUCUGGCAAUGGAAGACGCGAAUUCCAGUUCUACCACAAGUACCUCACCUUCACCUCUCGAUAAUUUUAUGCCCGGUUCCAAUAAUGAAAGCCACGGUGACUUCACCGGUUACCCUAGCAGUAACGGGUUUUCUGAAAACAUGUCCGCAUUAUCUGGACAAGCUACUCAAAUUUUAAGAAAACUAAUUACGUGCAGAAAAUUGGGAAUGACUAUCACUCCGUCCAAUCCCAAAGUGUUGAAUUACUCUUUGUUCGAAGGCCAUUCUCCCCCCAUGCAAGGCAACGCCAGCUUAACAGACAAGGAAAAAACCUCCGCUAGAAGAAAGCAAAGUUAUCCAACCAAGGCAAAUGUUUCCGAAGAAAUGGAUUCAGUUGAUGAUAGCGAUCGGCCUAGGCAAAUGUAUGCGGAAGAGGAUAAUAGCGACCAUGUGCCAGAUUUUACUGGAAGCGCACCUUGGAUUACCAUCAGCGGAAAACAGUUCAAUGUAAAUAGUAAUUCACAAGCGGCAAUCUCAAAACGCGUAGAUAUCUGUUGUACAAAUUGCCGCACCCAAACCACGACCAUAUGGAGACGAAAUGUUAGAGGGGAGAUGGUUUGUAAUGCUUGUGGCCUCUAUUUUAAGCUGCAUGGAGUUGAUAGGCCGUUAGCUAUGCGUAGGGAUACGAUUCACACGCGUAGAAGGCGACCUAAGGCUCAGGAAAGAUCAGGCGGACGUGGCGAUGGCGUAGACAGGAGAAAAAAGACCGACUAUGAAGCAUUCCUCAAGGACACUCGACCCUUAGAUCCAAGACAUGUACCUCGACUUCCAACUUUAGUGUCUGAAAAACACGACACUGAUAGUAUGUUGAGUGCUUUAAGAAGACAGCUUCAGCCACAUUUGGUAAUGGCUUUAAGGCAGGGAACAACUAAUCAGGGGCUUCUUUUCAGCCAAAUUCCUCAGAGCAUGCCACCUCCUCCUUUCCUGCCAGCCAAUAGGGAUUCGUCAGAAGGUUCUGUACCAGAACUCGAAGAUGAUGAAGAGAGUAUAGCGGAUCUUCCCUUAAAUUUGGUAUCGACACAAUUGGCCGAAACCGAAACACACUAACCAAGCAAUUAUUUGAUUGUUUUAUCGGGUAAACGGGCACUGAAUGUCAGUUAAUUGUACGUACUUUUUCGUCAACAAUUUAAAUAUUUCCGGGAUUUUUCCUGAAACUGAUCAGUUUUACAAUAAAAAGGGAAAAAUACGUAUAAUCGAUUGAUCUGGUGCUUAUGGAAGAUGUUUCUAGAGAUCAACAACAAUGACAAUUUAUCGAACAAAGUUUUGAAAUCUAGAAUUAACAAUUUUUAGGAUGAAACACUAAAUGGGGUGACUAUUGCACAAAGAAAAACCAUUAUCUAUCUAUUCCGUUUGAUUUUUCGAUGAUUUCGACUAGUUCCCUAUCAUUUCGAUCAUCUCAUAAUUUUUAUUUAAGUGGGUAUGGGUUUUUGCGGAUAAAUGCCCAUUGAACACAAACUUUAAGUAAAAAUAACACUCAUAUUUGGUUGAAACGUACAGCUUUUUGGUGAUUUGAAAAAUCUGAACAUUUCAUCUACUAAAAAUCGAAAGAUACGUACAAGAUAAGCCAAUAAGGCUUUAAUUUUUCUUGCCUUUUUAUACUAAAAAAUAGUAUGUACCUACAUACUUUAGGUGUUUAGCAUAUACAGGUUGGUCCAGAUCAUCCUUUUAUCUGUUGUUAAGAAAUUAAUUAAUACUGUUUAAGAAAGCGCACUCCGCUGGUUGCCACCGUUGGAAUAUCAUGUACCGAUAUACACUGUGGUCCAAACGUGGCAACUUUCGUAUUGUUUUUUGGUGUAGUAUAUGUCCUUAAGGUCUGUCCGAUUAAAAUCGGACCACCCUGUAUUUACGCGGUGCCCAAGUUAAGAGGAGCCAGUAUUUAUCUAAAUCCGUAAAUGAUACGUGAUUACAUGAGAUAAAGUGGAGCAAUUAAUACAAUACCAAUAAUAGCGCGUUAAAACGUUGGAUUUGAAUUUUUGCAAAAAAACGUCAAAAAAAACGAAAUCUUAAUUUCCCAUUUAUGCAAAAAAAAUGUAUAUUCAGAAUUUGUAUCAAACGUCUUUGGCCGCUAUUUUAUUAAUAUUUUAAUUGCGCCCAACACUCCCAAGCUACUCAGUUGUUUAACUGAGGAAUUGCUCUUUCUUUUCUUGGACAAAGUGUGUACUUUUUGUUGCCACUGAACUUAUUAUAUAACAAAAAAGGUUAAAUCGGAUGAUUUCUGUUUCGAAUCCAGAAGCUUUGCAAUAGUCACACAUGAUCUGAUACGUCUAGGAACCCUAGAGAUUAGAAUAUUUUUCAAAAUACUCCCCUUCGCUCUCUAACAGAAAAAGGGACUUUUUUUUAUUAAUUCUAUGUACUUACCAAAAAUACUCAUAUAUAUUUUUUACUUCUGUUAUAUAGAGAAUAGAUGGUAAUGUGUAAGGCGUUUCGAUCCUGUUAAAAGCUUCUCAACAACUACUCUCGAAUGUGAUAUUCCGAAAAAAUAACGUAAUAUAACCAAUUUGAUACCAAUAACCCGUUCCCAAAUAGUAGAUAAACAUAGCCAAACCUUUUGUUCAUGCCAGUAGUACAUUUUAAUUUUAGUAGUAUUAAAUUUACUUCUCCAAGUUUUCUCUUCAUUCAGAUUUUCGUAAUCUCAGCCCACUCGGUAUCGUUAUAAAAUUAUACACUAAUCAAUUAUUUUGAAUAUACUCUAUAUUGUAAUAUCGAUUUAUUUAUUUAAAUUAUUCUAGUUAUGCUCUCUUAAACUAUUGAGAUUUUGAACUCUAAGAUUUAAAAAAAUCAUUGCAAAUCUAGAGAGUAUUUCAUCGAGUGCUUCGGGUUAUCGAUGCUUCCUCAGAACUUACGUGAAUGUUGAACAAAUAAAGUUUUAAAAUAUUACGUUAGUGUAAUUAGUAAUAGUAUUAGUUGUUACCUUAUAAAUUGUAAUUGUUGAUUAUUGUAAUUACAUCAUGUACUUGGAGUUCAGAAUCGUCCCAUCUUUUGGUUAUUUUACCAGUGUGCGUGACUUUUUAACGUAUUUAAUGUAAAUAUUUUUUGCAAUACUUUUGUAUACCAGUAAUUACAUGUAAGUUUUUUAUUAUUUUUUUUACUUAGGGUAAUAGCAUCGAUUUCUAACGCUUCUGUGCAACUUUUUAAAUGUUUUCUGCAAUACAUUUUUUGCCCCGCCCUUUUUAGUAUUAUUCGAGAAUUGUUAUCGGCAUAAUUCAAUAUUUUGGGAGACAAAUUUGACGAGGGCAAAGAUGAAUAAUGUAGUGUACCUAGUAGUAUUAACAAGUGAGUGAUAUUCCUGUUUUAACCUAAAUACGAUAUUAACUUAACUUUUGACUACUUAACUUAUUCAAUUAAGAGAAUGCCAGCCAAGAUAGCUAUAGAUUUCUAUUGACUGGCGCGCUCUAUUAAAGAUAUCAGUAUUUUAUACAACUUUUUAUUGUUAAUAUAGGUUUAGGCUAAACCGUUUUGCCUUAGUAUUUUAAGUUAUGUUAAUUUUGUUGGCAGCUAUGCCCGCGUUUUUGCAAUAUUUUGCCAGUUGUUUACAUGUUUAUACUCGUUAACUUCAUCCAUUUACGGCGUACGUUUAGGAACAACAAGAAAUUCAACAAAUAUAUCGUUUACUAAUAAAAUGUCAGAAGCAUCUAACUAGGACCCUUGAAGUAAAACAAAUGUUAAACUGUCUUUGCAAGUUGUCAAUGCUCUUACUAAUAGCAGUAAGUUUAUUUAAAAAAAAAAUGGGCACAUUCUAGUUCUUGGUGUUCCUAAGUUAAGUGAGAUGCUGAAGAUCGAUUACAAUAGAAAUACCUGCUCUCUGUUAAGAUGAAUAAUUUAUUGUAUGUCCUUAAUUAUUGCUUUCGACUUUAUUUCAAAUAUCCCGCAACAAGUUGAGGGAAUGCAUUAAUCAUGAUACAAAUACUUACUCAAAAAUACGAACGUUAAAUGUCUUCUAGAAAAAUGUAAAUUUUCUGAGAAAUUUAAAGUCAUAACCGUAUGAGCAGUAUUUAAUUCAAAGAUUAAAUAUUGUUGGUACGCGAGCGUUUUGUUGGAAGAGCUGAAUAAUUAAAAGCACCGAAUAUUGAGAUCUGAGAAAUAUAUUCAUUUUGUUGGAAAAUUUUGUGAUAUAUUGUUAAAUAGAGUGUUUUUAAGUUUUCUAUAAAGUUUAAAAACAUUUCAACAGAUCUGUUUUCUCUUAAUUAGCAUGUACUUGAAACGAUCGUAUCCAAGUUGUAUUGUCUAGAGCUUAGGAUAUUUUUUUACCAAUAAAACAUGGCUGCAAACAGA